GUUACGUCUACUCAUGCAAUGCCCAAACAUAUGAGUCAUUCAUUUGUUUUUGUCCACAAAUUCAGUACUCAUUCACUGUUUGAAUCACUCAAUGACUGAAUGACUGAAUGAGUGCUCAACCCAUCAGACACUCAAUUGUCACACUAUUGUGCCAUUUGUUGUCAUCCUUAACACCACUUAACACUACUAUGUCUUCACUCAACGCAUCUCACACUUGUUGACCAAUCGAUCCUCGAUUAUCACCACUACUUCUUCCGCACCACUACUUGGGAUUCAGCCACCGAUUUGUUGCCAAACUCUAUAUUAAAUCUUCUACUCAUCACUAUUGCAGAAGCCAUGUCUGCGGGCAAGUCUCGACGUCCGCCCAAAUUCAAUAUGACAGCGGAAGCGCCUCCACAGCCGCCGUCCACUCCCGAGAAUUUGGACAAAAAGACGACAAUACAGAUCGGAGGCCAGACUAUUGACAUCGAGGCCGACAACUUGGAGACAAUGGUCGAGUUGGGUCGCGGAGCCUAUGGUAUCGUCGAGAGAGUCAAACACAAGACUACGGGAUUUGAAAUGGCAGUGAAAAGGAUUAGCGCUAAUAUAGUUCAGGAACAGAAGCGACUGCUAAUGGAUAUGAAUGUUUUGGUCAACUCUUCCGGAUGUCCUAACAUUGUCAAAUUCUAUGGCGCGAUCUUCUGGGAGGGCGACCUCUGGCUCUUUAUGGAGAUAAUGGACUCCUCUUUGGAUAAGUUCUACCGAAAGGCUCACUCGAGUGCAGAGAAUGGCAUUCCAGAGGACAUAUUGGGCACAAUUGGCUCUUGUAUUGUAAAAGCGCUGAAAUAUCUGCACGAAAUCAAAAUCAUCCACAGAGACGUGAAGCCGUCCAACGCACUCAUCAACCGUAACGGAGUGGUCAAGUUGUGUGACUUCGGCAUAUCUGGCCAUUUAGUCAAUUCUAUCGCUCAAACAUUCGACGCCGGAUGCAAACCAUAUAUGGCUCCCGAAAGGAUUAAUCCCGACCCCAAUCGCAAGGGUUAUGACAUUCGCUCCGAUGUCUGGAGUUUAGGUAUUUCAAUGCUAGAGUUAGCGAUCGGCAAAUUCCCAUUUCCCGACUCCAAGAAUCUGUUUGAACAGCUGAAGCGCAUCUGUCAGGACGACCCGCCAACGCUUCCCGCCGGACAGUUCUCUAAAGACUUCGAGGAUUUCAUGGAUAAAUGUCUUCAGCGAGACUAUCAAAAGAGACCCAAUUAUGCGGGUCUUCUCACGCAUCCAUUCAUCACACAAAACGAAACAAACGAUAUCUCCGUAUUUGUGACCAAAAUAUUAGACUCGACUUAAGAUAUUAAGCAAUGAAAAGAUAAUUAAUGUGCAAAAUAUGGCGCGAAAUACUAUACAAAUUGAUUGUGCCUUUAAAUUACAUCCGUUUUUAUGUGUUUUGUGUGCGAC